AUGGACGGUCCCCUCAAAGUAUGGCUAGAAGAAUGUAGUCGCAAUGUCAACGAGUUCUUUUCAAAGACGUACAUGCAUGAAGGAAGGAAGUAUCGCAACUGCAGAGAAUGCCGCAAGGCCAGCAAAAUACCGGCAGACAAGGAGAGCGAUGUAGGCCAACUUGUCGCUGAGGUGUCGACACUUCAUCAUCAUCUUGAGUCCAGGCACAAGGCCAAGUAUACAACAUGGGUAGAACAUGCCAAAUUUGAUUCGAUGCUGCCGAAAGAAGUGAAGCACUGA